CUUCACAUCAACACAGCUCAACUCAAACUACAUCGCAACUAACAGACAUGGCACUUCUUCAACCUCUGUUCCCCCCGACCACUACUCCCCCAGGGUCAAGCCUGGGCCAGAAUAUUCCCGGCCAGACACUCCUCCUCAACAACUUCCAACCAUCCAGCUGGUUCCUCCUCGCAGCCUCCCUGCAAGGUCUGCUGACAUGGCUAUUCCCGACAGCCUUCACGUUCAUCCCAGCGGUGCUCAUCCUCGCCUACCGCGGCGUCGAUGUUCUCUUAAUGACCUACGGCCUGAAAUCAAACCCAGCGAUGGACGGCGUCAUCGCGCAGAAAUUCUCCGCCCAGAUCCCAGACGAAGACGGCGAUUUCGGCGAUCGCCCGUCGCGCGAUAGUGUCGUUGUUCUCCUGCUGGGGGCCAAAUCCAACCACCCCCUCGGAAUCCUCUCGCCCGGAUUCAAAAAAGUAGGCGACUACUUCAACGACAUGGUCAAAGAUCUCGAGGCAAACAGGGAAGAAUACGGCUACCUAACAAGCUCCUCCUACAUCUCCAACGACGACGAAACACGCAACGCCGCCCGCGGGAUAAUGACCGUAUACUACUUCCGCAGCAUGGCCGGGCUGCACAAGUUCGCGCACGCGCCUGCGCACCGCGCCGGCUGGAACUGGUGGAAUCGCACUGUCAAGGAGCAUCCGCAUAUCAGUAUCAUGCAUGAAGUCUAUGAAGCGCCUGCUGGGGCUUGGGAGAGUAUUUAUGUUAAUUAUAAGCCGGUUGGGUUGGCGACGGCGAUGUUCCCAGUGAAGUCUGCCGGGGGUGAUGAGAAAGAAGGAAUGUCCAAGCAGUGGAUGGGGAGUAUUGUUGAUGCGUCGAGGGCGAAUAUGAAGUUGGCGAAGAAUAGGCUGGGCUGGGAUGUAAAGGGGUGAUGCUUGCGGUGAGGGUUGAUGUGGAUAUGUUUUCGUUUCAUUCCAAUUGCUAAACUGUAUUAUAAGCGAAUUCGAUUUACCUAGUUAUACCUGGAUAAUUACAAAGCAUCCUCCAUAACUAUAAGUUACCUUGUACUCAUGGAAUCUCGUCGUAUAUCCGAUCUCCCUCCCGCGGCGGCCGGAGGAAAUCCUUCGGUACACGCUCAGGAAGCUGGUGCUUCUCCGCCCAAUCCCUGAUCUGCUCGAAAUUGCGACACUGGUGUUCGGUAUUGAAGUCCA